UUUCUUUUUCGUGUCGUACGCCUCUUUGGAGCCAUGAGCAGCAAGGUUUCUCGCGACACGCUCUAUGAAGCUGUUAGGGAAUUGCUUCAGGGCUCAAAGCAAAAGAGGAGAAAAUUCCUUGAGAGUGUUGAGCUUCAGAUCAGCUUGAAAAACUAUGACCCUCAAAAGGACAAGCGUUUCUCUGGCACAGUCAGGCUGAAGUCAACCCCCCGCCCCAAAUUCUCUGUGUGUGUGUUGGGGGAUCAGCAGCAUUGUGAUGAAGCAAAGGCUGUGGAUUUACCUCAUAUGGAUAUUGAGGCUCUGAAGAAGCUAAACAAGAACAAAAAGAUGGUGAAAAAACUAGCCAAAAAGUAUGAUGCGUUCCUGGCAUCUGAAUCUCUUAUUAAGCAGAUUCCUCGUAUUUUGGGACCUGGACUGAACAAAGCUGGGAAGUUCCCUUCGCUUCUGACCCACAAUGAGAACAUGGUGGCCAAGGUUGAUGAGGUGAAGUCAACUAUUAAGUUCCAAAUGAAAAAGGUUCUGUGUCUGGCUGUGGCUGUUGGUCAUGUUAAAAUGACAGAGGAAGAACUGGUUUACAACAUACACUUGUCAAUCAACUUCUUGGUAUCUCUUCUGAAGAAAAACUGGCAGAAUGUGAGAGCACUCUACAUCAAGAGUACCAUGGGAAAACCACAGCGCCUGUACUAAACCUUUCAUAAAUAAAGCUGGUAUGACAUA